AUGAAUAUUAACCCUGAUGCUACUGAACUCCAGUGCCUCAAUCAGCACAAUCCCCUCGCGAAUGCCAGUCAGCUUGCACCUCGGGCCAGUGCCGAACCCGCGAAGGCUGCGAUCUUUGUGCCAGCCAACGACAUCGAAAAGGAAGCAUACGAAGCCGUCGCCGGAAUCAUCCCCUCCAACCUCCUUGAACGAGUCUGGACUACGGUCCAGAUCUUCGCCGACGCGCGCGAGACGUGCACCCGCGCCGCCACUGCGACCUCCACCGCGACCUCCACCGCGGAGGAGCGGAUGACCGCGAAAACCACUGAAGCAGGUACAACAGCCGUUGCAACUCCCCUCGCCGCGGCGCCUGCUGCCGCCAGUGACACAUCCCGACCCUCUUAUGCGUCUAUUGCUGCCCGAAACCUGACCCCGACGCCUACCGGCUCCAGCCAGCGGUCGACCCGGAGGCGAAUCGAACGCGAAGUUGCAGUCCGAACCCGCAAUGGCGCCCCCAGAUACAAAGAGCAGAACCCUAAUGGACGCCGUAGCGGCUGCGAAUAG